AUGGUACUUCAGGUCAGCAUCUGGUGCGGACGGUAUAUCGAAGAGCUAGAAAACGAAAUGGAAGAGAUGGAGGGGUCCUGUAUAGACCAAUGCACAGUUCCUCCAUGCCUUUUUUUGGCAUUCUUUCUGCUGCUUCUCCUGCUGCUUCCUCCCACUGUAAAGGGUAGGAGCAUCCGAUACAACAGUCCUGGCUGGAAACUAUUUCACAGCCUAGGCAAGGGAUUCAGAAGUCCCCAUCAAAACCAGAUGGAACAAAUGAGGCAGAACGUGCCCCAGGUUCAACCGGGAGACGAUUGCCAAGGUGUUUUCGAACUCUACCUUGUCCUGGACAAAUCUGGCGGUGUGGGAGACAACUGGAUCCACAUUUACUCUUUUGUAGAGGGUUUGGUGAAGAAAUUCACAAACCCUAACCUGCGGCUCUCCAUCAUAACCUACUCGACAGAGGCUGAGGUUAUCCUGCCACUCACCUCGGACAGAAACGAAAUCAAUAAGGGCCUUCUGGUGCUGAAGAACAUAGAGCCUCUGGGGUUAACGCACAGGCUAAAAGGACUGAAAAAGGCAAAUGAACAGAUCCGAAGAACCAACUUGCGAGGCCGCAAAGUCAACAGUGUGAUUAUUGCUCUGAUCUACGGGUUAUUACUACUGAAGCCAUAUGUUGACACAAUGGAAGAGGCCAAAAAAGCCCGGAAAAUGGGAGCAAUCAUUUACACCGUGGGUGUUUUUAUGCAUAGCAAACAACAGUUGGUGAAUAUUGCAGGCGACCCAAAUCACUGUUUUGGGGUCGAUGAAGUGUUCGCUGCUCUGGAGAAAGUUAUUGACCCACUUACGUCAAAUUCCUGUACUGAAAUACUGUCCGUGCAGCCUACCUUCGUGUGUGCUAAAGACGCCUACCAAGUAAAUGUUAACGGACAUGGGUUUAACAAUACAAACGACGUAAAGCAAGUUAUUUGCAGAUUCACGUUCAAUGACGCCAGAGUCGUUGAUGAGAGUCCCAGUGGUGUGAAUGAACACAGUAUAACUUGUCCUGGACCAAAAAUUAAAAAUACUGGAGAGGAUGUUAUUCUUCAAGUCAGUCUGAACAAUGGCAUCUCCUUCAUUGGGAACAAAGUCAUUAUAACCAGUACCAACUGCAUGAGUACUAGGGGAUCCCAAGGCAGCGCGGUGUUCAACUGGGCCUGGCUGAUGUUCCUGCCAAUCGUGCUGGGGACUCUGCUCUUGCUGUGCUGCACUUGGAAGUUUUGCCUAAAGCCUAAGGAUCAGUCGCAACCACCUCCCCCACAGUCAGAGAAGGAUCCAGAAAAACAGAGCCCUCCUCCUGAAUCGCCACCCGGUCCUCCUGAUCCUGGUCCUGCUCCUGCUCCUUCUCCUGGCCCUGCGCCUGGUCCUGCUCCUGCUCCUUCUCCUGCUCCUGCUUCUCCUCCUGCUCUUAUUUCUGCUUCUCCUCCUGCUCCUGCUGCUUCUCCUGCCCCUGCUUCUUCUCCAGCCCCAUUACCUGUCAACACAAACCCUACUGUGAUCGUUACCUGCUGUGGCUGUGGGAAGAGAGACAUGCAGGGAGAACUGGACACAAACUACAAUCACCCAAACUGCCACCAAAUGCCAUUGGUUUGGUGCCAUCCCAAGACGCAGGGAACAGGUUCCAGGUUUGUGAAGCCCAGCUGCUCACAAUCCUCUUGCCGCCAAAAGCUGCGCCUCUGUUCUGACAGAGAUUGUUUUCAGCCUGCAGAACGACCAUACCCCACAGGGGCCAUUCUUCAACCCAAUGAGGAGUAUGUAAACAUGACGCAGGCACGCUGCAGCCCAAAGCUCUCAUUCCAUCCGAGCCAAGAAAAUCUCCCCGUUACACAGACGCUGUACUCAAAGAUAGAGUCACCACCCAAUCAGGAGCAUUAUACUUUCAACCCCCUACAGUCCCCAUGCUUAACCAGGUACAGCAAGUCUCCUGGGAGGAUGCUGCCUCUGCUUGCUCCCCACACCCGACAAUCUUUAGAAUCCCUUUGCCACACCCAUCCCUUUCCCCCAAUCUCUACAGGACCAAAGUUCUGA